AUGAAAAUGAUUGAAUCCGAGUUGCAGCAACUGCAAGUUCUUUGUGAAGCUAUGUAUUGCGGUAACAAAGAAGAGCAGAAUCAGGCCCAUACAAUUUUGCUACCCUUAGUGAAUAAUGUAGGUAAUGUGAGUAAAUUAAAAAAUAUACUAGGAAGCACAAAUCAUGUUCAUACGUUAAUAUUUACAACAUCUGGGCUACUUCAAUUAAUAACAAACGAAUGGAAUAAAAUUGAACAGAAUGAAAAAGAUGAAUUAAAAGAAUUUGUAAUAUCGUAUUUAUAUAAUAAAGGAGUCGAUUUAUUAAAUUUGUCAUCAAAUAUAUUAGGAAAUUUUGUAAGAUUAUAUGUGCGUAUAGUAAAAUUAUCAUGGUUAGAAAAUACGAAUUAUACCAUGAUAACCAAACAAGUAGAAUAUUUUUUAAAUUCAGUGACAAGUCACUGGAUUAUGGGUCUCUAUAUAUAUGCUGCAUUAAUUGAAGAUAUGCACCCACAGUGUGGUGUGAAUUCAGCAAAAAGUCGUAGAUGUGCAAUAUCAUUUAGAGAUUAUGUUUUAAAAGAUAUAUUUAAAGUCGGAAUUGAAACAUUAGAAGAAUUUGUAAAAGGUAGUAUAAGAAUAGAAUUAAGAAUAGAAGAAAAUAGGUUAUUAAUUAAAGUUUUAGAAUUAAUAUAUAAUAGUUUAUCAUUUGAUUUUAUGGGAACGAUGAUAAAUGAUGAAAGUUCAGAUGAAAAUAUUUCUUUAAUGAUUCCUCAGUCUUGGGAUAUAUUUAAUGAAAAGAAUAUUCCCAAAUUAUUUUUUGAUAUGUAUGAAAUAUGUAUGUCUGAAGAAGAAGAUAUACGAAAUUGUUGUGGUAAAUAUUGUUUAAGAUCUCUGAUAUUGUUAGGUAGUUUAAGGAAAACAUUUUUUUCUAGUGAAAAGCAGAAAGUACGGUAUAUGAAUGAAUUUUUAGGUGGAAUUAAUAAAAUUAUUGAAAAAAAAAUUGGCUUGCAUGAUGAAGAUUGUUUUCAUGAACUGUGCAGGCUAAUUGGAAAAAUCGAUACAAGUAUCCGAUUACAGGAAUUAAGCACUUAUUCGAAUUUUCUUUCUUGGUGUCAUAAUAUAUAUUUAUUUACAAUGGAUGGAAUGAAAAAUUGGAAAUAUUUAUGUAAUAGUAAACAUUACUUAUUAGGUAUAUGGAGUAACAUGUUAAAUAUAAUUCCUGCUAAAGUUAUAAAAGAAAUCAAUAGUAGGACAGAUGAAAAAGAAUUACUUAGAGAUGUUAGGAGCAAUAAAAAUAUUUUUUUAAAAAAAAAUCCAAUUUCUAAUAGUUUUAAUUCAAACGAUAUUGACAACAAAUAUUUAAUUAUUUGUGAUUACAUAUAUGAUAUAAGUAUUAUUUUUAUAAAUACUAGAUUAGAACUAGCCAAGUAUAUAUGUGAAAAAGGGGAUAAUUGUGAAAUGGAAAAUCCUUUGUAUAAUGAUGUGUUAAGAAGUGAACAAUUAGAAUUAAUAUCUAAUUUGUCCAAACUACAGUAUAAUUUUAUUGGUACAAAAUUAUUAUCAAUCUUUUAUGAAUUAAAAAAUAAUCAUGAAAAUAAUCUUAUUAGUAAAUCUAUAUUUAUAGAACAAACUACUUGGCUAGUUUUUAUUAUUGCAUCCAUUAUUUCAAGUAGCGCUAUUUCAAAUAUGAAAAGUGCAAAUUGUGAUAAUUUCAAAAUAAAUUCAGAAUUAUGUUUUCUAGUUUUUUCAUUAAUGGAACAAACCAAUAAAUCACCUGAAGUUUUUGAAUAUUUAGAAUUUGCUUAUUUAAACUGUUUAGAACUAUUUAAAAAAGUUUAUAUUAGUGGGAAAAAAAAUAAUAAUUUUUUAAAAGAAAUGAGAUCAGUUGCACUAAGAAUUAUAUCGUCCUCUAAUGGUACCAAUGACCACUCGUCAUCACAAAUAUCCAACAUUAACAACUUUGGAGGAAGUAGUAAUGACAAUAGUAGUAGUAAUAAUAAUAAUAAUACCAGUAGUAACAGUAAUUUGCCCUUUCCAUCAGCAACGAAUGCAAAUAAUUCAUUAACAACGAACAUAUUAAAUAACAGCUUGAAUAAUUUUUCCACCCCCUCCUUAAUUACUAAUCAAAAUGAUGAAGAAAAUAAUGACCCAUUAAUAGAUUUGAUUAUAAGUAAAAUAUUAUUUAACUUAAAUAAUAGAGUAGAUUAUGAACAAAUUAUUAAAAGAAGUUUAGAUUUAUUUCAUGAUUUAGUGUCUGGAAUGAAUAUUGUAUGUUUAGAGGAUAAGACACCGAAAUUAAUUGUCUUUGCAAGGCUUCUGUUAAAAAAUGAAAAAAUAUUAAAUUUAUUACAUAACAGAAAUAGUAAGUUUUUGGAAAUUGCUAAAUAUUAUAAAUAUAGAACUAAUUAUUAUUUAAUAUUAACCAAGUUAUUAUUCAUGGAACAGAAUCUUGUUUCAUCUUCUUUUGAAAAAUACAUUUCACCAAUUAAUAUUUUGUUAGAAUGUAUUAAGAGAGAAAUUAGUGUAAAUGGAAAAGAUAUCAUUUUAAAAAAUAAUGAAAUUAAACUAUCAUUUAUAGGUGCCUUACGAGAUUUAAGAGGAAUAUGCAUGGCAUGUAAUAAUGUAGAAACGUAUAACAUGUUUUUUAAUUUUUUUAUAAAUAGUUAUCCAUUAGAAGAUAAUCAAAUGAAUAUAUUAACUUCGCUUGUUGAUGUUAUAUGGGAUACAUAUGAAAUAUGUAUUCCUUUUCUUAAAUUUAUGUGUGAAUUUGUUUAUAACAAAUCACAAAGAAUAACUUUUCCUAAAUCAUCUCCUAAUGGAAUAUUAUUAUUUAAAGUAGUUUCUAAUAUACUUAUUAUUAUUUCGAACAAUUUAUUACAAAAAGAAAAAUUCGUUGAUAUAUAUAAAGAGAAAUAUAAAAUAAUUUCUCUUUUAUUGAAUAUGUUUAAUAAUUGUUUAAAUGGUGAUUUUGUUAAUUUUGCAAUUUUUGAUUUAUAUAAUGACGAUAUAUUAAACAACUCGUUAAACUUGGCUUUAAAUAUGUGUUUAGUUAUUCCUACAAACGAUUUGUUAUCGUAUAUAAAGCACUUAAAACCAUAUUUUUCUUUCCUUGAUUUAGUUACAAAAAACUUUUUUCAAAGAAUAUUAAAUCUUGAAUUCCAACUUAUAGCUGAUAUUAUUCAUAACGUAAAGGAAGGUUUAUGCUCCUUUGAUUACACUGUAUCGAUGACUUGUUGUUCUAUUCUGGAUAAUAUUGUUACUUAUAUUUUCACAAAUAGGAAGAGUUCUACCGAACAGGGACAGAUAAUCAAAAACUUUUUGGAAAGCCAACCACAAGCCUUUAAAGAGGUGUUAAAUUUGAUGUUUCAUCUAAUAUUGGGAGGAGAUUUUGGUAGCACAUGGAGUAUGUCUCAACCCUUAUUGGGGUUAAUACUAUUGGAUGCACAGGGUUAUUUCAAAAUCCAAGAACAGCUGAUUUCUCAACAAAGCGAAGAAAAAAAGCAAAAAUUAAGGCAUAGCUUUUGCAAAUUAAUGGAUCAUAUUGAAUCAAAUCUGUCCCCUAAUAACAGAGUAAAAAAUAGUUCAUAUGAAAAUUUCACGAGAAAUUUGUACACAUUUGCUCAAGAAAUAAGAAACAUUUUAAUUUAA